AUAAACUUGAUGAUCAUGAAAAAGCUGAAGCACUCAUAGUCGUUGAAGAAUCAGCCUCUCCCGGAAAAUGCAAAAAAAUCGUUUCGGAUCAAAAAGAAGAUGGUUGUAUUGAAUUAAGCGAUACAAAAGCUGCACUUAAACAAGAAGAUGUAUGGAAAGAUAAAUAUGAUAAAGCCCGAAAUAAAAAUGCCGAAAAGGAACUUAAAGAAUAUGCUGAUAAUUAUGUAGUUGAUAAUUGCAUUAAGAAGGUGAUUAAAGAUAAAAAGAGAAAUGCAGUUGCUACGGUGCAGGAGCCUACCACACCAGAAAAAUGUGAUGACAUAGUGUCUAAUCAAAAGGAUGACGGAUCCUUUGAAGUUAACGAGACAAUUUGUAAAGAAAUAGAUAUUCCAGCUACCGAAACAGGACUUACUAUUAGCUACCUUAAUAUCGCCGCACCACAUCAUAAAAAACAAUGGGAAGAUAAAUCUAAGAAAGCUCAUGACUAUCUUUCUAAACAAAUUGGUGAUGCCGAUGCAGAAAAAGAAUUAUUAGAUUGUACUAAUAAGUUUGUAGUUGAUAAAAUUACAGAUAAAGUAAUUGAUGAAAAGAAACGAGAUGAAAUUGAUCUUGAUAAAACUACAGAUAAAAUGAUUGACGAACAGAAACGAGAUAAAAUUGAUCACAAGAAAUCGGAAGUAGAAGAAUCCAAAGCUAAAGUCUCUCCGGAAGAAAGAUACAGCAAUAAAGAAAUAUACGAAGAUAAAUCACUCGGAAAUUAUCAUUUUGAGGUCAAUCGAGAUUUUGUCAAGGAAAUUUCUGAAGGUAUUUAUGAAGGCACACAAAAUGACAUUGAUAUAGCAAAAUUUUUCUCUCUUGAACCUCUUCCACUACCAACACCUGAUUUUCUUUCGAACCUUAAGGAAAAUCCUUUUAAUUUAUCAACACUUUGCGUUACCAUCGCUUUACAAGCACCAAAUGGAAGUUUUCCACCUUCAAAUACGUUAGCCAAUUUAUUUGGGUAUGAAACACCAUUGAAGCUCUUCGAUUUAUACAAAUCUCAUUGCUGUGAAGAUCGGAUCUUAAAUAUUGAUAAACUAGUAUGGACAUCUAGUAUGACCAUAUGGUUCUUGAAAUCUAUGUUAAAAGAAUACCGACGUGAAUGGGCUAGCAUUUAUGAACGUGCAAAACAAUACAUUAAUAAUGAAGUUCAUUGUGAUCAAGAAAUUGAAAAAAUUGUGUUGGGUACUGGUGGAUUCAAUAUUAGAUAG